ACUGUCCCGGCUGGCGAACGAGGCCCGGCACACUGCCGCACAGCCGCUCGCCGGGCGGUACGCGCACAGGUGGAUUACUGCGUUUCCGCGUUUCGCAGCGGUCGCUCGCCGCCGCGCUCCCAAGCCAGAGUUCGUCGUCUGCUACUGCCGUGCCACGCCUGCUGACGCGCAGCGGUCUGUUUUCUUCCGGCUACUCCCCAGCAUAACUGCCGCUCUGUGCGCGCGCGUCCGUUCGUCAGCCGGAGAAAUCAACGACUCCCGUUCUAUUUGCUCGUGUGAUUACAUCGUUUUCUGCCUUCUUUUGCUCCCAUCGCGGGUGAAUCGCCGUGGCAGUGAUUCACCUCGAUCGCGGCGCGCCGGUGGUGCUGUGUGUUGGUGACCGAGCUGACCUCCGCUGAGCUCGGCGCAUGUGUGGGAUUGCACCGCCGUUCUCCAACGGGACCGCCGACCACGACGACCUGUGCUUGGCCCGGGCGCCGAGGGCUCUCUUCGGCCAUGAUGCGACGUGACUAGACGACGUACCCUACGCGCCCCGUGUUCCUUGGCAUCCCUACCCCCCUUUAUUUUUUUCUUCUCCUUUUUCCUGCCCACAUUUUUUGUUUUUGCCCUGCUUGUCCGUCGCGCAACCUCAGUGCGGACGCGUGCCGUCAGCCCGAAGGGGGCCAAGUACGGUGUUUGGCGAGCGCCGCGGUGCUGGUUCGGGGGUUUACGCGCUCCCCGCGCCGAUGCGUGGGCCCCCCAGACUUCGGAUUGCCGGCGCUCUGGAUUCCUGCAGCCCUGUACCCAUCUGACCUCAGCCUAUCGACGAUAACUGUCAAAUGUCUUGGAGUAACAGCUACACUAAAGUCGAGGUGGUUCAGCCCCAGACAUCGUCCGGCUCCAUCAAAGCCGGGACGGCCGUUUCGUCGUGCCGGUUCACGGACGACGACCGUGGUGGUGCCGCUGGUGGUGGUGUCGGUGGUGGUGGUGGUGGUGGCGUCGGUGGUGGCAUUACCACCUGGGGGGAGUCGAGGAGAUCACCCCCCACACAAAUCGAGAUUAUCCCAUGCAAAGUGUGCGGUGACAAGUCUUCUGGAGUCCACUACGGCGUGAUCACGUGUGAAGGCUGCAAGGGUUUCUUCAGGAGAAGCCAGUCAAGUGUCGUGAAUUACCAGUGUCCCCGGCAAAAGAACUGCGUAGUUGAUCGCGUCAACAGGAACAGAUGCCAGUACUGCAGACUACAAAAGUGUCUCGCGCUAGGAAUGUCUCGAGACGCGGUCAAGUUCGGCCGCAUGUCCAAGAAGCAGCGGGAGAAAGUGGAGGACGAGGUGCGCUUCCACCGGGCGCAGCUGGUGCGCCCCCAGGGCGGCGCGGUGGCCUCGACGGCCGCCGCGACGUCGACGCAGCCCGCGCAGCAGGCCACCGAGACGUCGCCCGACAGCUCGGUGUUUGACCAGCAGCAGACGCCGUCCUCCUCCAACCAGGUCGUGCCCUUCCUCAACGGAGGGUACCCUUACUCCGAGGAACUGGCGUCGUACACGCCCAACGGGUACGCGUACGCGGCCACGCCCACCAUCGCGUUCGAGAUGAGCACCGACUACGUGGACAGCACCACCUUCGAGCAGCGCCAGCAGCUGGACUCCACGGCGGACACCAAUGGUCUGCUCUCCACCACCACGCCUGUCGCGGUGCCCGCCUCCUCACUCGCCUCGCACCUCGAAGAUUCAGAUUUGAAAUCGGCCUCCCAAGAAGAUCUGCUCGCGAAGACUGUAUCGGACGCGCACAACCGCACCUGCCUCUACAGCACGGAACAGAUACAGGAGCUGACGAGGAAGCCGCUAGACAUCUCUCGCGUCAUGCUCUACAAGAACAUGGCACACGAGGAGCUGUGGCUUGAUUGCGCACAGAAGCUUACACAGAUCAUCCAGCAGAUAAUCGAGUUUGCCAAGAUGGUACCUGGAUUCAUGAAGCUCUCACAGGAUGACCAGAUCGUUCUUCUGAAAGCAGGGAGUUUUGAGUUGUGCAUACUGAGGAUGAGCAGGUACUUCGACGUCGCGACGGGAUCGGUGCUCUACAACGACAGUCUGCUUCCGAUGGACGCUUUCAUCACGCAAGAAACCCAAGAGAUCAAGCUUGUAAAUAAUGCCUUCAACUUCGUGCGGAGCAUAGCCGAGAUGAAGCUGACGGAAACGGAACUGGCACUCUACUCGGCCUACGUGCUGCUGGCUCCGGACCGGCCGGGCCUGAAGGGCGUCUCGGAGAUCCAGCGGUUGAACGCGGCCAUCCUCAAGUCCCUGCGCUACGAGCUGGGCAAGACGCACGAGCAGCCGUACAAGGGCGACGUGAGCGCCUUCGACUGCCUGCUCGCCAAGCUGCCCAGCCUGCGCGAGGUCAGCCUGCUGCACAUGGACGCGCUGGCCAAGUUUCGGCGCACCGUGCCCCACCUCGAGUUCCCCGCGCUCCACAAGGAGCUCUUUUCCGUCGACAUCUGAGCAUCUUUCUCGGCGACGAGUUCAUCCUGCGGUGCAGAAGGCCUCUCUCGACUCCGCCACCAUAUCCGGCCGCCGCUCGCCCCGCCGUCGCAGCAGCGCUCGCUUCACUGUGCAGCUCGUUUGGCUGCGGGGAAAGCCUAGCUUGUAAGGCUGUGCUGGGCAGCACCGGCUGCUUGCCCAGACGACGGCCGGGGCUGCCCCCUGCGAACGUCGGGCAACCCGCUGGAAACGGUCGUGUCUUCUCCGGAGCAGUUCGGGGCACUUUUGGUUCGAAACUUUCAGCCUGGUAGCGUGCCGGCGAGCGUGCUCGCUUUUUAGCUGGGAAUCGGUGCCCGCGGUAGCUGCUACGCGUCUCCGGGAUGCAGUGUGCCUUUCGACCCCGACCUAGUGGACUUUGGAGAGACUUUGGAUACGUCCCAGUGACUUUGACGCACAUGGCGUAACUUUCAGCAGCAUGACGCCGCCUGCAUCCGCACCCUCACAUGUUGUACGCUGCCGGCAUGCGUCCCAACAAACGACACCGGCUUUGGCUCCGCCGGGACGUUUUGGCAGAGCCAAAGCGGUUUCAUUUGUUGCUGUCGUUUUCUUCGUGUGUUGCUUAACUUUCAAUCGUCAUUUCGAGAAAUUCGACGCUGAUUCAACGCGGCGUCAGGCGCCAGCUCGUCGCUGUUGCACGGCGCGCUAGUGCAUCACUGUCGGUGGUUGUGUGCCUCUGGUCACCAACUCCGUGGUGAUGCGAGAAACAUCAAUCUUACACGAUGGCAGCUGUGCUGGGUUCUUGAGUGGUAAUUGCCUGAUGACGCCAGUGGCCCACAGCUGUUGUAUAGCGUUGUUUCGGCCAUUUCUUACGCGGCGGGCAAAGUCAACGUUGGACUGCUGCGGGAUAUUCUUAUGGAAGCUGGUUUUGACUCUGCUGAUACGGGAGCUACCGGAGAAGACACAUCGUUCUCAGGAGCCCCCCUUUUCCCUGUUUGCCUUGUUGAUCGCAGGCUGAAAAAGUUGUUUCUAUCUGUUGCUUUUAUGUUUAGGUAACUGCUCUCGCUUGAAGAAAUCUUAUGCAAAAUUUGAAGCCUGCUGGAAGUGAGUGUCGGUAAUUGACAGGAUGAAUUGCUGUCGUAGUUUAAGUACCACUAACCUGCAUGCACUCCGGUCGGCCUUCUCUUUUGUUGAGACUACAGCUGAUUGUUCAGGCCUGUUUGAUUUUGUGCAUGUCUUUGGCACAUCUGAGCCUGUUCAGUUGGCAGUGGUGUGGUGUGCUCAGUGCUGUUUGGUUGUAAGAUACGUUCUUUCAAAUUUAGUAGAAAAUCGUGCAACACUAGGUGUCUUUUUAUCUGCUUAACUUGUGCGUGCGCAAAAGAAAUAAAUCAGGAUAAAUUUUCGUUUUACACCUCCCCUGUACCAAUAUGAGUUUGCAAGGAGAAUGGGGGUUGCUUAGUCAAUAUUGUAUUCAAGCUCGGAUCCUUUCUUCUAUCAAGGAACAAUCGUCAUUUUCUCCAUUCAAGAGUCGUGCAAUUUCUUUCGUCCGCUUGGCGUAGUCAGCAUAUUUCUUUCUGUCUUUACGACGAGCGUUGACGCAGACGCCCCGCUCAAAAACCAGCCGAGGCUCCUUCGAAGGCAGCGUACUUUUUCGUCGUUACCAUUACGUCAUCCUAGCAUAGCUCAGACCGAGUCAACCAUCGGAUCACGUUCACAGCUCGAGCACCGCAUAUUGCCACCAUCUUGUUUCACUUCCACUCGCAGCUUCCCACAUCGACAACACUGCCACCAAUUUUUCUGGUCGAUUGUGGGGGGCGUCCCCAUGUGCAACUUGCAGCUAUCGCAAAACUUAAAAGUGUGUACGGUGUGACGUCGACUGAGCCUCGUGUCGAGAUAAAGGCCGUGCCGUGGUCGUCGUGUGGUAGUGUUCGCCAACGGGGACCGUUGUUGGUCGUCGUGCGCAAAACCGUUGAGGAACGUGGCUGGUUGUUUCCAAGCCCGCAGGUGAUGGUGCUUUCUUAAUUACGGAGGUCGAGGCGCAGUGUGCGACACAGACAGAGAGGGAACAAACAAUCACGUGGUGGUGCGGUUUCGGAUCAACGCGUUGUCCCUACAGCGCGUUGUUGAGAUUAUUGACCUCUUUCUUAACUUGUUCCUUUCACUGUUCCCUCGCUUUCGCGCAGGCGUUGUUCGGUGUCGGGCGUUUUCUUGUUAAGCCAUUCGUGUUUUUACAAGUUCUUGUUCUCGCUGUAAUAGAGGUAAAAACAAAAAAAAAUCACGUGCUAACUCCGCGGUAGAAGGUCAAAAAGAAGCUCGGGCACAUACGGAAACACAGAAAACAAACGCAAAUACAUGCACACACACACGCAAAGAUCACGAAGCAAAACCCAGCGCUGUACAUAACGAAUCAUUACCAGGUAGACAUGUCGCGAGGCUCAUCCAAGAAAUUUUGUUUGUAUUAUCUUUAUUUUUUUGUCGCUGGGAGGCCGUAUAAGUCUGCCUCCCGGGUAAUCAUACACGGAGAGAAAGAGAAUGAAGAAAAAAAAAAGGAAAGAACAGAAGCAGAGCGAGAGAAGCAAUAAUGUGAUAUCUUACACGACACCCCGUAUUAUAUACAGAGGAAACACGAAGAGUUCUGGGCUGCCCCUUGUACAUAAUGCGCACCUUCGCGACCGGUCGAUCUCCAUAGAUGUGUAAUUACUACCAUUAUUAUUAUUAUAUUAUUAUUAUUAUUAUGAUAUUAUUAUUCUUUUUUCAUGCGACGAUACACUAACCGUAUUUCUGCGGGCCCUGUUUCGAAAGCCUCUACGUCAGUGCCGUUGUCCUGUGUUCUCGAAACCUGUUUCGUCUGCUUUCUUGUUGACAACGCGCAGGAGAGCCGGAGGUUGUGCUCGUAUUUGUUCUCGGUCGUCUGCUCAGGGACGCCGCUGCGAUCGGUGCUAGGGGGGGUUGCGGGGCGCUCGCGCACACUUCUCGCCCGCCGUCGCCGGGAGGGAGGCGUUGCCGCCGCGUUGGUUUGGUUCCGGCGCGACGGACGCAGUUGGGAGAGCGCUGCGGGUGAAGUAGCUCGCUGCGAAGUGCUGCGGGUCUCUGCUGCACGCGAACACGCACGCACGUGCUACUUUGCCGGGGAGCUUCCGUGGCGGAACAGACCGAUAUCGCCGCGUUCAUGGCGCAUGUGUACUUGCCCCGCCAGCUGUCGGUAUUUACCGCUACGUAUCCCGCUGUGCCGGUCAGCGCUAGUCUGGCCUCCACUGUCACAUUGCUCGCCUGAAAGAGUAGUGCCCAGACAAGCUCGAGUAAAGCACUGACGAGCUGCAUUGGCAAUGUGAAUGCGCGUUAUUUGGGACGGGAGUUCGUUUUUAUCCGAUGCUGCUAGUAUUGCAAAAUCUUUUUAUGCUCAUUAUGCGGUCUCUUCGCAUCGAGGGUUAAGACGCUUAAAAAAAAAAGAAACAGAGGAAGAAAAUAGGCAGGGGGGGGGGGUUCAGGGCUGAAGAACUAGUCACCAGCAUAUGCCAAGGACUACUACCGGCAUUCAUUGUGACAGUGAUGGCGCAGUGAAACUCGUCGUGCAAUCGGACUAUUCGCGUAAUCGGCGCAUUUCUUGCUAUACCUGCACGCUAUUGGGAGUAAAACCUAAACGUCCCGUGUGCUCAGAGUACGCACCAUGGCUGCGGGUGAGCCGGUUUACGCUAGGCCGGGUUAGUACUCGGCUGUGAGCUUGGAUUUUAACAAAGAGCGCCCAGCGCCAUCGAGCGGCAGACGAGAGCGUCCGCGCGCGGGAAGUGUGCACGGCGCCGGGUCGCUCAGUUCGUCGGCGUAGACCAGGUUGUUUCGUGGAUUGCUGUUAACGAGUGUCGACCUCCGAAAAAAUUUCUCCUGCUUGUCGUUAUGCGGCGCAGCGAUUCGUUGAGCUCGUUGAAAUAUGUAGUUGUGGAUAAAUGAAACGUAAAACGUUCUUGAAGACUACUACUGUGCUCCGCUGCUGUACAAUGCAUCCUUUCUCACUUUCUUAAAGAUUACAAAGUCUUCGGUGAAAGGUUUAGAUGUUUUAGACAGCCUUCGGGGUAACACGUCCUCUUUUUUUUAAAUGUUAUAUGCUCACUUAUUUAUGAAGCACAAACGUGAAUGUUCGUUUUAUGACAUGACAUGACUUGAAUAAAUGUACAUUGUAUGCCAUCAUACUUUUCAUUCACCUGUUCUGCUCAUUUUGACUUUCUUUGUGUAUACUUCUUGUAUUCAGUGAGCGCUACAGCCCUUUCUUUGAGACCCAGUUUUUGGUUGCACCACAUGGUUCCGAUUCUGGAAUAACAGUCAUUAUUUAAGUUUGCAGUGCAAUCAGCGAUCCCCUUGCGCCGCAGAUUUCAGCGUUGCCCUUCGUAGCCCCUUUAGGCUUAGCUUCUUUGAAGCACGGGCACAACAUGGAUGCACCAAAAACUCAGGUCGUCAGGAAAGGGCUCGCACGUCUGUAAAAACGAGUGAUCGUACGUUACUCUCUCCGCCGUCGUUUAUUCAUUUCUUUCAUUCUGUCCGAGCGCGUGGUCUUAUCAUUCCCCCUGUUCAGCCCUCGUUCAUCCAUCCCCACACCGGUCCCCCUUCCGCUUAUUAUUAUGGAUUUUUUCAUUAGCUUCUUACGCUGUUAUAGUGUGCGUGUUGUCGCUAAAUGCUAACUGCAACUGCGCGCGCUUUCGCCCAUCCGAAGCCUGUGUCAUGCUACUGACCCUUCGCUGCCAUCACGCAUAUGUCACGCGUAAGCAUGCUGGUACAAACAUGCCAUCCAUAAACACAUAAACGAGGACGUGCACGUCAACCUAAACAUGUUGUUUUUGUAUUGUCUUCCCCUGUCUUUUGUGUUUCGUACUCUCUCUUUCCGGCGCACACUUGGUUCGUGCGUGCCAGACGGGCGGGGGGGGGGGGGGGCGCUAACGCAGCUAGCCGCCUUCCCCGGCGCCUUUGUUCGCGCGCGCACCACAUCGUCACUUGGGGAGCGUGCACAGUACAAGGGAGUUCAAGUUCGCCUCUCUUAUGACGCUAUCGACGUGGCACCUACCUCCAACACUGGUCCGUUCGUUUUGUCAUUACCAGAGUUGGAUACAUAUGCUGUAUGUACGCAACGUGUUGUUCUUAACGGACAAAACGCAUGGAGAGAUGGAAAGCGCCCGAGUAAUGCGCUCUUGCAGGACUCGGAGGGCCCCGUGUACAGAGUUAACAACACAGCAACGCUUCUUAUCACCAGCGACAGUGUCUUGAGCUUCGCUGCGUUUUCUUUCUGUCUGCGUCUGUCCUGUACCUGAACAUGUGAGCACUUUCUCGGCAACACUCUCCUGCACGGAGUACAGCAAAUGAAAAACAAAAGCGAGUGAUAUAGCGUUUAGUAGUCGCGAUCUGACGCCUUCCGGAAAUGAAAAAAAAAUUUGUUCGUAAGGUAGCAGUAUUAUAGGCGGGACAAUCUUUGAGCAUCUUGAAGAGGCAGAGAACCGUUGAACGUGUGUGAAAACCCGAAAAUGUCUGCACGGUUAGUUUCAUACUGAAAUCGCUUGUGCUUAGCCGACUGGUACGGGUCUGUUCGUAAGGCAUCGACAGGUAAAGCUGCGCGUAUGCGUUCUUUUUGGCCGCGAUGCUAGUUUUUUUUUUUGCUAGGCCGUUGAACUGAACGUUCACAAUGCUUGCAACAAGUCAGUUCGAAAAGGUCGACUGUGAGCAACGUUUAGUUCCUAUCACUGUUUCCCGCAUUACCGCCUUCCCCAUUAAUCAGCCACGGAUGCCACGUUUUCGCUAGAUUUGCUGCCUUCAGGACCGACUUUUAUGGGACAUGUAUUUGUCUACAAUGGUUUAUCGCAGGGCACAUGAAAGGGAAUUAUGUUUAAAAAAAUGAAUUAUGACUCCCCGCUUUAUAGGACAGUGCAUGGAUGGACAGCAAUACGUGACUAAAUAUUCUGUAAUGAGUUCUAUUACUUUCGGGAUAACGCUGAAGAUAUAUUUCUAAUGCCCGUUCGUGAAAUGCACGCCCGCAGGACACCGGUCAGCGAAAUCCGAGUUUUAUAAAAAAUGCGCAACACACAAACGGCAUUCAAGAUUAAUCAUGUUGCACUGCAUUGAGUGGUGCUCUUGCUUCUGAAUCAAUUGGUGACAGGUUGACCUUGCUAUUUAUAUGAUGGGUUGCAGUUCAGUUGGCUUGGAGGCUUGCUGAGUCCAUUUAGAAAAAGAAGUAUAUAGACUAAACAAUGUGUCACAACCGAUGUUGCAAAAAUGUCCCUUAACCGGAAACAUCCCGAAUGAUGGUGAUUGUCCGAGGAAAUGGCAGAGAAAAAAAAAUAGGAAAGGAAGCUCCGGAACCCUUAAAAUUGCUUUCCAUGAGACAAGGGUGAACUUACGCAUGACGGGAGGUCAACGUAGCAGUUAUUAUCACAUAGCACUUUUCACACUCAUGAACCACAGGAACGUGUAAAAGUGCGAAAUUGGCUGUCUUUUUCUGACGAUGUUAAUAGCUUGAUUUCGGUCUCCUCGUGGUCACCGGGAAUGAAGGGAAAAGAGAGGAAAAGGGGUUGAAGCAAAGAAAGAGGGGCUAGUGAGCUAAAUAUUCGAGCUGGCGAGCGAAGCACUGAUGGAGGCGAAAUUGCGACCGACGAAAUAGAAAGCUGAAGUUAUUGAUGUUUCACGAGCAUUACCACCUGGUGCCAUAAAUUAGCGAUGGACAGCUCCAUCGCAUUCUUUCUCCCGUAAAUCGUUGCGGUGGCGCAUUCUUCCCGAUUCUCCCCAGACGCACCCUCUCUUUUUCCUUUCCCGAUUUGCUCGCUUCCUCGGGUUGCGUCGAACGGCGGAGAAAAAAAAAAAGGAAGAAGGUGCAGCGAUAGGUGCUGCCCUUCUGUGGAGAGGCCGAGGUUUUGAGGAAGCGCGCGAGUGUAGACCACUACAGACAGAGAUGCUACUAUAUUCGCAGCAUAAUAUAUUAUUAUAUUAUAGAGAGUGCCUUCAUUUUCACCUGCUCGCGUAACACAUACAGUCGGUCAUGCCAGCCAGCCUCAAGAGAAGCGCCGGCUUUGUCUUCAUCAAGCGUCGUGCUGUAGCCGUAGCGGUCGGUGAUGAUGGCCUGCGUCGCGCGUGCGCCGUUCCCUUUCCUACUCGUCCCGCUCUCUCUCCACACGCACGGCGUCACGCAAGCGGCCUGCUUUGUAGAUACACCGCUUCUCCUCGCUCGCUUCAAACACCGACGAUCGUCUCGGGUUUCUCGCUAGCACACACACUGCCAUCGCGGCUGCAAUUGCGGCCUCGUUUUCCGUUCGUCAUCUUGCCUGUGUUGCUGCCCAGCGUGCUGUGAAUCUCUGGUCGCAUCCCGAACGAAUCAUUGCCGCGGCUUGUUUGCUUCCUGAGGACAUGCCGACUGACAGCCUUCAUUUCUACUGUACUUUCCGACUUAAAGGUCUGGCGGCUAAGAGCUUCUGAUUGUCCUUAAAGCUUUCGGAGUACCCUUCACGUUGAUUCUGCCAGAAGAGCCAUUGAACUAGACAAAGCAGUCGUCAGGCUUAUAACGAAUUCGCACAUGGCACGUCGAACGGGAAUACACGCCGCAGUGUUGCCGAGCACGAGAUCGCGUGCUCGACGUGAAGCGCAAUUGAAUGUUUAAAUUCAGCAGGAACUCUGCUAGUAAUAGGAAUGACAGCAGCAGUUGGCGUUAUUUGUCCUGGCACGCAAAGAACGCGUAUUCGGCGCAUUUGUUGGUUCGCCCGGCCGCGCCUCUUCUACGCUGGGGAACCCGGCGCACAGGUCCUCAGGACGCAAAGCGAGCGGCGCGCAAGGUUCGGUCGGGGCGCUGCGCUUCGCACUCGCGCUCUUGUGCGUUCCACUAACCAUUGUUCUUUCGGUCCUCAUUGUUUGAUUUUGUGUUCUCCAGAUAACAAUGCGUUCUACAAUGUAAAUUUCUUUCUUGCGAGUGGUUCAUUGCUGUCCUCGUGACAGCCAACGUUUUAUCUUUGGCGUCCGUUUCCUUUCUUUGCCCUACCGUGUGUGUCGUUAGGAACUCUAUGGGAUGGAACUUAUUAUUUCGACAGUGUAAUAUAUAUAUAUUGAAAACGAAUAAAUGAAUAAAGAGAGUCGUUUCAUGUGACACAAAAUAAAGUGUAUCAUUCGAGGU